ACAAUAAAUCUAUAAUAAUUAAUUUAUUGUAAAUUUGAAUAUUUUUUUCAAUAUGAUUAAUUAAUUAAAAAUAAAUGUGUGAUUAAUGAUAUAAUUUAUUUGUGAUGACGAUUUCUAUAUUGGAUCCAAGUAUUACAGGUAUUGCUAUUGCUACGCUCCUGCCGAAAAUACCGUUAUAUUCGACAGAGCGUUGAACUACAAAUGAUUCGAACCAGUAUAGUGAAGACAUCUGCGAUAUUUUUUAAAACGGUACUGACAAAACAGUCGUAUUUUUGUAGUUUUACAAGAAAAAUAAUCAUAUUGAAUUAAUUAGUUACAAACAUAGUGAUACAUAAAAAAUUGUUAUUGUUGAGUGUAAGAAUAAUGAAAAACUGACGAUGAUAACGAUAGCUUGCAAAUGGUAUAAACGAAGUUAGUAUAUGUAGUGCAAUUGUGAGACGACAGUGUUUCUUACUUCGAUAAUGCGCAUUUAACUAUUUUUAAUUAACUGUAACGAACUAGAAAACGAAACAAAAAUAGCAAAUAAAUUUGUGACAUAUCGACUUUUAGAAGAAAAUGUAUAGUACAAUGCGCGAUAUAUAAUUAAAUUUCACAAUGAAAGAAAUAAAAAUGGAAUUAAAAAAUGGACAUUUCAUGGAGAAGAAUAAAAAAUCAAUAAAGAAACAAAAAUCGACAUUUUGGGCCUAUGUACUGUGGUUAAUUGGUGGUUUAGUUGGCGCGCAUCAUAUAUACUUGGAAAGAGAUGCACAAGCUUUUGUAUAUUUUAGCACUUUUGGUGGAUACUUUGGUAUCGGAUGGCUUCGAGACAUCUAUAGAAUUCCUUCAUAUGUGCGCGAUGUAAACGAGGAUCCCAGUUUUAUAAAUGAUUUUAAACAAAAAGUUAGAAAUAAUCGUAAGCCGCCAUUCUCUACAGUGCGAUUUGUUACUGAAAAUGCUGUUGCAUAUUUAUGGGCUGAAAUAUUUCGCAAUGCCAUUCCAGGAGACGAAAUAUAUGGAAUUAAUUUUAGACAUUUACUAAUUUUAACGCCUUUAGUUGUUGCUUUAGGUGUUUGGACGAUCGGAAAUAUUGGCAGGGAACAAGGUUCCAUAUGGAUUGCUCUUUGCUCGGCAUAUUUAUUGUAUCCAACGCUAACCUACAUCGGAGAUGACAACAUGUGGGUAUUUCUGAUGGUCGUUGCUGCUAGUUUAAGUUUCGAUACAUUCAGCAAGCAAUGGAGACUAAAGCCAAGGAAGAGAAAAAACAUCAUUCAAAGAAUCUUUUAUCUCGGUUUAGCUGCUGCACUUUACACAUUUUUACUAGGAUCAUAUCUAUACUUUAAUGCUGUUGUUACCGAUAGCGAGGGCGAAGAGAUCAAAUUAUCGGAAGCUAUUCAACACUUUUUAACGUCUCCUAUAUGGCUUGAUCUUAAGGCGAGUCUCGAAGCAACAUGGAAUCAAGCGAAACAUCAAGGUUUCUGGGCAACAUGGGCACAAUUGAUAGAUCUUACGGAUCCUCGAGGAGAAAUAAACGCUUACAAGAUUUUAGGUCUUUCCCAAACGGCCACGCAAGCCGAAGUGACGUCCCGUUGGAGAGCACUCUCGAGGGAUAAUCAUCCGGACAAGAUAAAGGGCACUGAAGAAGAAAGGAGACAAGCUCAAGAGAAAUUUAUGGAAAUUCAGCAGGCAUACGAGAUUCUUUCAAAAGCAAAGAAUCGUAGACAACGUCGAAAUAGAAAAUCGGAUGAAUCGUAAUCAAUAAAUCUGUGCUCAAUAAUUUCGAAAUACACAGUAU